ACCAUUGUUUUACAUGAAUACACAUAAAAAUCAAAUCCUUUUUAAAAACAGACCUCUGUUUCUCCACCUUUUUCUCUUAAUUUUCAGAGUAUUUUAAUGGAAGAAAAAAGAUAGAAAGAACAAGAAUGCAAAGAAAAAAAAUGCACCAACCUAAACCCCAAUUAAAUACCCAAAAUUCCCAGCAAAUGGUGUUGAAUUUUGAUUUUGAUUUACUUAAAUAUUUCCAGCCACCAUCCCCACUUUCUCUUUCCCUUUUCUCACAAAUACUAAUACAUUCAUUCUUCAAGUUUCUUCCUUUACUCCUUUUUAAUGGCAUCUUCUUCUUCUUCUUCACCUCCAUUGAUGUUUUCUUUCAUUUCUCGUCUUUCCAUCAAUUUUACAUCUUUUUUCCUUUUCUCCAAAGUCUUGUUUCUUUCCCUCUAGAAAAAGAAUUAAUCUUUCUAACUUAAUUUUAUAAAAAGGUUUAAUCUUGUGUACAUUUACUGCUCUUUUCUAUUGGCUUCCUUCCUUGGUAAGCCUCUUUCUUGAUCUUUAAUGGAAUGUUAUUAAUGGGUAUUUAAUUUGUUCAACAAUUACUAUGUUAUAUCUUUGGCUGUUUGGUAUUGGGUGUCUGGGUAUCUUCUCUUUCAAUCUUUGUUGAUCCUUAGUAAUUAGUAUUAUACUUCUAUAUAAAAGAUACACCAAAAACAACAGAAACCUUGCUGGGUAUAUGUUCUUCCUUUUGGGUUUUUGAUUGGUUUCAUUUUGUAGGUCUCCAAGUUUUGAUGAAUUAUAAACCAAACUAGGAGUUUUGAGCUUUAUUUGUGAUCCAAGUUUUGUUUGUCUAACCAUUAGCAAUGGCAAAAGGAAGAGAAAUUGAGGAUGAACAAGUUGAGAAGGAGAGGAAGGAUGAUGAGUUUGAUGAAGAAGAUUACAUAAUUGACAACUCUUACUAUGAAUCCGAAGAGGAGUCUUGUAAUGAAAUCGAUAUGAAUACCUCUUCUUCUUGGCUGAUUGUUGAUUGGCCGAGACCAGAUAAAAUUCCGAAGUUUGAUACUUAUGAUGAUCAUUUCAGGCUUGAUUUGUCGUUAGGUAUUAAGCCUCAGGAUGCAGAUUAUGGUUGUUGUCAUGUUCCCCAACUCAGCGAUGAGUUGGAGAACAUGAUAGCAGCUAGGCUUCCGCUUUUAGAAUUCCGGAAGAUUUGCUCGCUGAACAAACGUUUCUUAGAGCAAAUAAAAAACGGGGACUUGCUUAGAGAGCGAAAACUGAUUGGUGUCCGAGAGGCAUCAGUCUUUAUGCUACCCAGUGGGGAGAAAAACUGGUGGGCAUUUGAUCAGAAGUUUACAUUCCAUAAGGCACUCCCCCUGUUGCCUUCUGAUGAUGUUUUCAAAGCCUUAGAUAAAGAGUCUCUUUGUGCAGGGACCCAACUUCUCGUGUGUGGUACCGAUGUUGAUGGGCCGGUCAUAUGGACAUAUGAUGUCCUAAUGAACAAAUGGUUUAAGGGUUCUUCUAUGGUUGAACCGAGGUGCUUAUUUGCCUCCGCCUCGACUGGCGACACCGCGUUUGUGGCUGGCGGUCAAGGUCUUGAAAACCAGGAAAUCCUGAACUCUGCAGAGAAGUAUGAUCCUGUGACCAAGUCAUGGGAGCGACUUCCGAAGAUGAAAAUAAAGAGAAAAAUGUGUUCCGGUGUAUACAUGGAUGAGAAUUUUUAUGUGAUCGGUGGCCAAAACCAAACCGGGGGUGUUCUAACUUGCGGAGAAAUGUUUGACGAGAAAAAGAACAUAUGGGUGCCCAUACCGGGAAUCCUUGAUGGGUUAACCUCAACCAGUUCACGGUCAACUCACUCUCCCCCUCUUGUCGCUGUCGUUAAUAACGAACUGUACACCAUUGAAACGUCGACAAACUGCUUGAUGGUGUACAUGAAAAGCACCAAUUCUUGGAGGGCUUUGGGACAAGUUCCUGUUCGAGCUGAUAUAAGCAACGGUUGGGGCGUUGCUUUCAAGUCACUUGGAAAUGAGUUACUUGUUAUAGGCGGAUCUAAAAUCUCGCUCUCGGGCUUUGGUAUGACAAUUUACACAUGCUGCCCUCACCCAAAUGCUGAAUCCUUAGACUGGAAGCUCCUGGAUGGAAGUAGCAGUAGCCGAAGCCAUUUCAUUAUGAACUGCACUGUCAUGGUUGCUUGAAGGCUAAGGCUCAGCGUUGGGCAUGCAUUCAUAAAUAAGGCUCUAAGCGGCUUCUUUGUUCUUUUCGUUUUUGUAUUUCGAACUUUGUAAUUUCGGUUUAUGUAUGUUCUUCGUCGAAAGUAUGCAUAUGUUGUCUGUUCAGUGUCGUUCUGUCGUGAUUUCGAGUGUUGUCUCACUUUUCUUAAUGAAAUUAGUUAUAGAUUUUCAUUGUUA